AUGGAGCACCCGCGCGAAAGGGUCGCAAUAAUAGGGUCUGGCCUUGCUGGGCUUGUUAGCGCGAACCUGUUGUUCCACGAUGUCCACCAAAGAUAUGCCGUCAGGGUCUUCGAGUCGGGCCGAACUCUCUCCCUCGACGCUGCCUCCAUCUCCAUCCCAGAUGCCGCCAAGGACGCUCCGACCCGCGUGGACCUGCCUAUGCGCGCCUUUGCGGGUGGGUACUACAACAAUCUCAAGGCCCUGUACGACUACCUGCGCAUAUCGUACCACUCGCAGCCCUUCCUCUUCGAAUUCGCAAAAUGCCGCGAUGCGAGCCCUGAAGCCCUAGCACUUGGUCGCCGUGACCAGUCGUAUUUUACACACGCAUCGAACCUCCACCAGAUUGCGCCCCGAUCGAGCGGAGUUAGCGUCGCCUCGUACCUGAUACAGUGGCUAUACCUGGCAUUCUCCUACGCCUGGUUCACCUUCUGCUGCGUCUUUGUCGAGCCGAGACAAGCCGAGACGCUGCAGCAGUACCUGGACCGCACGUAUUGUCCGCGCUAUUUCAUCACCUACUACCUGCUCCCUCUCUUGUCAAGCGUAUCCACCUGUCCUCACGACUCCUUACUCGCCUUCCCCGCCAGCGACAUCAUUGGAUACAAACGGAGGACUCAUGGCGCGCCGCACUACACCGUAUCAGAUGGCGUAGGAGGGGUACAGGAACGCCUGGUCAAAGGUAUCGAGGUUACUCUCAAUGCCACCGUCACGGCCGUGGAGCCCUUCGAAAAGGGUGUUCGGAUAUCGUGGCGCAGUGGAUCGAACGUUGAGCUGACAACGGAGUAUUUCGACAAAGUGAUUUUGGCUGUUGCUCCAGAUGUCGUGGGCCGUAUCUUCAAGCCCCUCCAACACCACAUGCAACGUAUACCAACCGCCGUCGUGGAAAGCGUAGUUCAUACAGACUGGACAGUGCUGCACGGGAGCGACUUCACCAAGGGCGACAGGAAAGGCGCGCAGCUGAUCCACCUCAACACCUCCACCGCCGAUACGCCCACAACCGAGUCGCAUCAUCUCCAACCCUGUGGUGUCGUGGUGACAACCUGUCCCUUUACACCUCUUGAGCAGCAGCAUGUAGCUCAAAGGAGCAAGUUCACGCGCGUUCUUCGCAGCCCAGAGAGCCAGCGCAUCGUCAAUGCCAUCUUCGAUAACGGCUCCAACUUCAAUGCGGAUGAUAAAUCAGUACCGCGUUGGAGGAACGGCGAGGAUAACGUAUGGCUGGUGGGCGGCUGGUGCUGGGAUGGUAUGGUCCUCCUAGAAGGUUGUGUUAUAUCGGCCAUGCGGGUUGCGGAUGCGCUCCAUGUCAAGGUGCCCUGGACGCAUCAGUAA